UGCGUGGUUGAAAACCCUUAAAUUGUCAAAAAGUUAGCUGUAAUAAUCAACAUUCAGAAAAGACUACCAGUGGCCGCUUCUCCCUCAAGAUCGGUAUUUGGGAGCUAGAAAGGAGAAGCAUUACUUUUCUUUGUUGUCUCUAAUUUUGAUUGGUCAAAAGAGAACAAUAAAUGGAAGAAAAUCUUCCUCCAGGGUUCAGAUUUCAUCCUACAGACGAGGAGCUCAUAACGUAUUAUCUUUGUCGGAAAGUCUCCGAUACUGGAUUCACCGGUAAAGCUGUCGUCGACGUUGAUCUGAACAAGUGUGAACCUUGGGAUUUGCCAGCCAAGGCUUCAAUGGGAGAGAAAGAGUGGUACUUCUUCAGCCUAAGAGACCGGAAAUACCCAACCGGUUUAAGGACAAACCGAGCAACUGAAGCCGGUUAUUGGAAAACCACGGGUAAAGAUAAAGAGAUAUACAGAAGUGGAGUGCUGGUUGGGAUGAAAAAAACCCUAGUUUUCUACAAAGGAAGAGCUCCAAAGGGCGAGAAAAGCAAUUGGGUUAUGCAUGAGUAUAGGCUUGAGAAUAAACAACCCUUCACACCCGCUAAGGAGGAAUGGGUAGUGUGUAGGGUUUUCGAAAAAAGCACAGCUAUAAAGAAACCACAAGAACAACAACCUCAGUCAUCUUUUGGAUCUCCAUGCGAUGCAAACUCAUCAAUGGCAAAUGAGUUUGAAGAUAUCGAGCUUCCCAAUCUCAAUUCAAACUCAUCAACCUUCGGUUACAAUCAUAUUCAUGAUCAUCAAUAUCCGCAAACUAGUGUUUAUUCAGAAGACAAUAUUACAAGUGCUGCUGGUCUCAACAUGAACAUGAACAUGGCUACUAAUAUUCCGUCUUGGACAACAAGUCUACUUGCUCCACCUUUAUCUCCAAUCAACUCUUUGUUGCUCAAGGCUUUCCAAAUCAGGAACUCUUAUAGUUUCCCAAAAGAGAUGGUCUCUAAUAUCCAUCCUUCUCUACACCAGCAAGGAGCCUCCAAUAUUAUGCAAAAUGGUUCAAGUUCGUCACAGCCGCAACCGCAAGAGGAAGCGUUUAAUAUGGAUUCCAUAUGGUGAAGGGUAAAUCACGUAGUAAAUCUGUAAUCUCCUAAUUAAUUAACUUUUUCUUAUGUAAUCCUUAUCAGUCUCAAUUGUAUCAUUACAUAUACAUAUAGAUCUCAUCUUAUACGUACAUGAGGUCCAGAAACUAGUGCAUUCAUGUCCACAUCCUUAUAUGUUAUAAGUUAUAGUUUUUUUUUUUGUUCAACGUUAUAAGUUAUAGCUAAAGAAAGAAAAGAACAACAAAAGGAACGUAUUUUAUACUAUUUAUAAUUUAUUUUGGUUGGCAAUCAAUUUCUUGAUUUUAUGUUUGAGUAUUCAACCUGUAAAAUUUAAAAUCGUAUAUAACUAUACAUUUGUUAAACAGUUUAUUAAAUACUGAACAAAUACAUUUGACAAACAUACAAUUUCUGUAAAUGAAAAUUAUAAAUUGAAGCGUUUUUUUUUACUUCCUUGGCUUAGUUCAAAAUCUUCAUGAUUCUGACAUCUCUAACUGCGACAGGACUGAACUCCUCUUUGUUACUAAAGACAAGUCGAUGAUGAAGAAACUCUUGUCCUGAUUCUGAAAUCGCCACUCUCUCUUCUUUUCGCAACAAUGGACAAAAUCAAUUUCUGUUUCAUAACUUAAGACAGACACCGAGAUCACUUUCAGCUAUAAGCCUAUAAUCUCGUGAGAUAAAAAAGAGAAAAAGAUGCACGCCUUAUCUUAGCGUAAUGGAUAAUCACCUUCUUCUAAACUAGAAAUUUUAGAUUCUUCGCAACGAAUCCAAAUCCGCUAGGGUUCUCCCCUACAACCGCCUCCAGUUUCUACCUUGCGUCCGUCACAAAUCAGUGAAUCAGAAGAGUUGGUUAGGGUGUGAGUUUUGUUUUAUCAUUGCUCUGGGAGUUGUUGUAGUGUGAGAGCUGUAAAGCUUGGGAGUCAAGUGUCCAACCAAUCACAAAUCAGUAAAAAGAACAGAACUGUAAAUUGAAUUUACAAAACACAUUUUAAUGUUACUGAAGAUAAAUAGUAUCAGAAAAAAAAAGAGAGAGCUAGAAAUCAACAAGUGAUAAACUUGGAAAAUAAGGAACAGCGAAGCCAUAGUAACCAGAAUAAUACAAAUGAUAAACA